AUGGCUACUCCCAGUGUGCAGCGCAUACCAUAUGAUGCACCCCGAGAACAGUUCAUCAACGCCCUCAAGAAAGAUGGUUGCGUGAUUGUACAAAACUUCACCACCCUCGAAACUCUCGAGCAAGCCAGACUCGAGGUCGAGCCUUGGUUAAACAAAGAGGAUAACAGCCAGGUUGGAGCUCUUAAUGGAGGCACCAAGACUUGCACUCGGCUGAUUGGACGAAGCAAGACUGUUCGCGAAAAGUUCUUCUCUGAUCCUUUGUAUCAGGACCUUGGGGAAGAAUUUCUAGGAAUCACCACAACAAAUUGGUACAAUCAAGAACCCUCAACAAACACUACUCACCCUUUGCUUUCAAUCUCGAUAACCAUGGACACUCGACCUGGCGCACCGGCCCAAAAGCUGCAUCGAGAUGACAAGAAUCAUCACGCCCGUCAUCAGAAAGUAGAUGCAUAUCACCCUAAUCGUGAUGUGCUUCUUGGCCUUUUCGUGCCUGGCUGUGAUACAACCCGUGAAAUCGGUGCCACGAGAAUCGUGCCCGGUAGUCAUCUAUGGGGUGACGAACAGCCUGAUUUCGGCCCAAAUAAUGACAAGGGCGUCAUUGAUGCCGAACUCAAGAUGGGCGAGGCUUUUAUUAUGUUAGGCAGCUUGUACCACGGGGCUGGUACCUACUCAAAACCAACGGGAGAUCGCAUGGUGCAUAUUAUGUUUAUGUGCGGUGGUAUUUACCGCCAAGAGGUUGGUUAUUACGCUUGGACUCAGACAACCACAGAUUUGACUGACGGUUACCUCUAG